AUUUUUAGGGGAAAUAGGGGAAACAUUUCCAUUAUAAACUUUUAUUUAGAGGGGUAGUAGUAACUGUUCACAAAAGGGGAAUUUAACGAAGCCUGUUGCAUGAUGCUAUUUACGUGAUUUUCUCCUCCUAAGGGGAUGAAAAAUAAGAGGAGAAAAGUGGGGUAAUUUUCCGCUCCUUAUCUCUCUGGCUCUCUGUAAAACUAACGAGAAAUGGAUCUCUUUGAUGAGAGGAGUCAACAUGUUGAUUUGCGGUUCUUAGAGACAACAUUACAGAUGCUGAAUCAGUGUUGAGUCUUCAUCUGUCGUGUAUGGACCAUGAUUGAAAAAUUUUCCCAGAGUUGGUCAGUUAAUAUACGUUGAAAGGCUGACUUUGAGGGUGCAUUGGUGCACUUAUAUGCAAAUGUGAAAUAGGAAAUGUGUGAAAUAGGAUUUCAGUGUUGGGACCAUUGGGUGAUUGGAGACCUUCCUUGAACCAUGGAAGGACCAUCUACCACCCACUGUAUGGGAUUUCGAACUGACUAUGUGGAUUUUUAAAUAGCCGGAAGUGGAUUUUUUCGGCAAUGGUGACGAUUUCUCAAUUCAUCUUGCACUUUGUGAUUUUUGUUGUGUGUUCUGCCCACGAUCUGGAGGAUUUGGGCAAUAACAGUGUAACCCUCAUGGGUGACUUGAGUGAAUCCAAUCUUAGUGAUAUUGUGAUACUCCCUAGUUUAUCGGAGGAAUUUCUCCUUUAUAAUGUCACCGAAGCUAUAAAUGGCAGUAAUUUUCCUACCACGGAUGGCAUUGUGGAUUUCGGUGAUUACCUCAAUGGAAGUCAAAUGAUUGAGACCCAAAGUGUUGUGAUUGCAGUUAAUGCUACUGAUCCAAAAAAUCCAGCCUGGCCAAUAAAGCAUGCAGCCAUUGUGGAGGGUGAUGUUGUGCUCGGUGGUCUUAUGAUGGUGCACGAACGCGAAGAUACCGUAACGUGUGGUCCUAUAAUGCCCCAGGGUGGUAUACAGGCAUUGGAGGCCAUGCUCUAUACACUCGAUAGAGUCAAUGCUAUUAAUCUUUUACCCAACAUCACCCUCGGUGCCCACAUUCUUGAUGACUGCGACAAAGAUACAUACGGAUUGGAGAUGGCCCUCGAUUUUAUCAAAGGUUCAAUCAGCAAUAUCGACGGGGCGGAAUAUCACUGCAAUAAAUCCCAAGUUCGGAAGGUUAUAUCGGGAGUUGUAGGUGCAGCAUCUUCGGUUACAUCCAUUCAGGUGGCAAAUCUACUGAGACUUUUUAAGAUCCCUCAGGUAUCCUUCUUCUCAACGAGUCCCGAACUCAGCAAUAAACAGCGCUUCGAAUACUUCUCAAGGACCAUCCCUUCGGAUCACUACCAAGUCAAAGCGAUGGUGGACAUUGUACGAAGAAUGGGAUGGAGCUACAUUUCUAUCAUUUAUGAAGAAAGCAAUUAUGGACUGAAGGCAUUCGAAGAACUCGAGGACUUACUUGCUAAGCAUUCAAUUUGCAUUGCAGUUAAGGAAAAGCUUUCAAAAGAUUCCGGUGUUGCAGCAGAGGCUACGUACGAUAUGAUUGUUCAGAAACUACAGACCAAACCAAGAGCUAGAGGUGCUAUAAUUUUCGGAUCGGAUCAGGAAGUUGCAGGGGUCAUGAGGGCAGUCCGAAGGAAUAAUGCCACGGGAUCAUUUUCUUGGAUUGGCUCAGAUGGCUGGAGCGCGAGGAAUUUGGUUUCGGACAAUAAUGAACCAGAAGUUGAGGGGACACUGUCUGUGCAACCCCAAGCAAAUCCCGUCAAAGGAUUUGAAGAAUAUUUUCUCGGGUUGACGGUUGAGUCAAACGUGAGGAAUCCUUGGUUUGUCGAAUUUUGGGAAGACCACUUUGAGUGCAAAUACCCCAAUAGCUCCAGGACACCAUUCAAUAAAGACUACAGUCGCUUGUGUAGCAGAAAAGAGAAACUUACGAAGAACAACACGGAUUUUGAGGAUCAACUGCAAUUCGUCAGUGAUGCAGUGAUGGCCUUUGCUUAUGCUCUGAGGGAUAUGCAUAAUGAUUUAUGCAGAGGAAGACCAGGACUGUGUGAUGCCAUGAAGCCAACAAAGGGUGCUGAAUUGCUCAAAUAUCUAAGAAAUGUUGACUUUGAAGGACUCUCAGGGGAUCAGUUUAGAUUUGAUCAAAAUGGAGAUGGUCCAGCUAGGUAUAAUAUAAUCCACUUUAAGCAAACACAACCUGGGAAGUACAGAUGGAUUAAAGUGGGGGAAUAUUAUCAGGGUGAACUAAGAAUCAAUAUGUCAGAUGUGCAAUUUAAAUUGGAUCAACCCAAGCCACCGGAAUCCGUUUGUAGUCUCCCCUGUGAGCGUGGUCAGGCGAAAAAGUACGUUGAGGGAGAAAGUUGCUGCUGGCAUUGUUUCAAUUGUACGCAGUACCAGAUUCGACAUCCUCACGAUGAGACACAAUGCCUCAUGUGCAAGGAGGGUACAAUUCCGGAUCGCAAUAAAGAAUUUUGUGAGGACAUCCCUGAGGUUUUUCUACGGCCAGAGUCUGGAUGGGCAAUCGGCGCUAUGGCAUUCAGUUCAACGGGAAUGCUCAUUACGCUCUUCGUUGUGGGUGUUUUUCUAAGACACAAUGACACCCCAGUAGUGAGGGCUUCUGGUCGUGAGCUCAGCUAUGUUCUCCUAGGAGGCAUCGUUAUGUGUUUUCUUGUGACUUUCCUACUUGUUCUUAAGCCAACGGAUAUUGUGUGCUGCAUCCAAAGGUUUAGUGCAGGUUUUUCCUUUACCGUGGUUUACGCAGCCUUACUCACAAAGACAAAUCGCAUCUCGCGGAUUUUCAAAGCUGGAAAGCAGUCCGCCAAAAGACCCUCAUUUAUUAGUCCACGAUCGCAGCUAAUUAUUUGUACGGGACUAACAUCCGUACAAGUUUUGAUUAAUGGAGUAUGGAUGGUGAUUUCGCCAUCGCGAGCAAUCCAUCAUUAUCCAACAAGAGAUGACAAUCUCCUAGUUUGCGAUUCAUACAUUGACGCUUCGUACAUGAUUGCAUUCUCAUACCCAAUUGUCCUUAUUGUUGUAUGCACAGUAUAUGCUGUUAUUACACGCAAAAUCCCCGAAGCAUUUAAUGAGUCCAAGCAUAUUGGAUUCUCGAUGUAUGCGACAUGUGUUAUCUGGAUGGCAUUUGUGCCACUCUACUUCGGGACAGGGAAUCAUGUUCCACUGAGAAUAACAUCAAUGUCUGUUACGAUAAGUUUAUCGGCGAGCGUUACAGUAGCGUGUCUGUUUUCGCCAAAACUCUAUAUAAUCCUAAUUCGUCCAGAGCGUAAUGUGCGCCAGAGUAUGAUGCCUGUUCGCUAUAGCGCCAUCAAUAAGACCACCAACUCUGGGCAAUCUAUGAUGGCAGCUGUAAUGGUAACUGCAGCGACGUGUAAUCAAAAGGAGAAAAUCCAGAAACACGUGCCUCCUCCCUCGACCAUCGCGGUUGAAGAUUCCGCUACGCAGGUUGCAACACUGCGUGUUGCAGAGAUUUCAACGCAGACCAUUCUAGCUGGUGAAUUGGUGCUGAAAGCAUAUGAAGAUUUAUCAAGGAAUGGGCACGAAGAUGGGGUUCAUCAUAGGAAUAGCAUGAUAGGUAACAAUGUUGUGAACAACAAUCGCAUCGAAACCCCAUCGACAACAUCGAAGGCAUUGCGUGACGAUGCCGAUCUAUCGAACACAUUUAGUGCAAAUAGUCCGCGAGAUUCAUCAAAUUCUGUGAUUCAAUCGUCUGCCAAUGUGGAAAAUGUCGUAUUAUAGCAGAGUGGUACACUCACUCACUCCGAUAGUGUUAAAUCGAAAAAGCGCGAAGCAAUCACCGUUUAGUCUUAUCUUACUUAGGGUAAAAGGGGUAAAAGGUGAUUUCUCGUCCCUAGAUUAAUAUUUUUCUAUAAAUUCAUUGAUGUUAAAUGAUUCUCAAAAACAUCAUUCCUUUUUAUCAUAUCUAAUAUCGACAUUUUCCACAAGAAAAGAAAACACAAGGAAAAUAAAACAGAGAUUAACUUAAGUUAAACAUUCUCUCUUGUGCUCAAAAAGAAAAUUAGCAUAAUAUAGAAGCAGAGACCGAGAGAUGGUUCGUAUCUUUUUCUUCUCUUAUUUCUGUAAGAUUAUAGCAGGAAUAGGUGUAAGAAAAUUAUAUGUAGGCUAUAUAUCAUUGGAAUUUAUAAAUAUUAAAACAAUGACGUUAGGAUUUAUGAAAAUUAAGACGGAGGAUAUAAAGGAUUCCAUUUACAUUUUAAUACACGAGUUGCAUUUUUACUUGUUCAUCUACCCACGUCUUUCGUGAGAGAUUAAUUAAGUUUUUGUAUUGUAAUAUAAUAAAAUAUCCUUAUAUAGAGAAAUGUUAGCCUUUCCAUCCUCCGUCGCUAUACAUAGAUUACUUUUAGUAAAACAUGAAGGAGAUGGUAAUUUAAAAAAAUGUGAAUUCCAAAAAAUAAAUAAGAAAACAGUUAAAGUAUUUACCAAGGUGUUGCACGUUAGAAAAUAUUUGAUGUUUACUUUAGUAUCUACUUAUUUUUUUAUCCGCUAUGAAUCUCUUUCAUUUUUUUUUACUUUUUAAAAUUAUUUUUAGGGAUAGAAAAAAAAAUUGUUAAAUUUUCAUCUCAAAAAUUUUCUAACUUGUCACCCAAAAGUUGUGAAAAGGAAUCUUUCUGUAAAUUCGGUUAAUUUCUUAAAGAAAUUUUGUCUUGGUCACUGGAGUUCUUUUUUGGGGCUUCUGAGCCCUGAGCUCCAUCUGGGAUUCCAUGACCAUUAAUGUAAUGUUCGAAAACCCCUCAUAGAUCAGCUGAUUGUGGGAGGUUUUCAGUGGAGUUUCUCUGCAACUUUAGAGAGAAACUGACUCUAAGUCCGGAAGUCUGGCUUUAAACCUCAAUCUCGUAAAUCUAUUGAAAGAAAAUUCAGUUCUGUUUUUUGCUAUUAAUUUUCAUUACGAGAUUGAUGUUUGCAAAACUCGCCAAAUUUGAUAAAAUGAAAAGAUAAGAUGAUGAAUUUUUAAUUAAAAUUAUAAAAGGAAUUACAGGAAGUACUAAAUGAAUUUGGCGGGAGGUUUCAGGCACGGGUUAACUUGAUGUUGAAGAAUGCGGAGAACAUUGUGAAGCAUAAAAUCAAAUAUGAAUAAAGUCUUGGAGCUCCUCCACGAAGUACGAAA